AUGAACGCUGUCGGGCCUAACCGCAUCAGGGCGCUCUCCUCGCAACCAACUAGUCCCUUCGUGGCCGAGGUCGCUGGUAGCUCAAGGCGUAUCCAACCAAAAUGGAAUGAGCACCAGUCAACGCGGCCCUCGGCUACAACUUGGAAGACCCUUCAAUCAACAGCGGCGAAUUUGAAGUCAUCCAACGCGAACAAGUCUGUAGAAGAAAUCUGGCAGGACAGGGAGAGUUCUGUGGUGGCAAAUCUACCGAAACCUCAGGGUCCUUACGAAGGGCGUAGCGCUUAUGUCAGGAACGGGGACGCAGCCGCUGCACUUGGAAAGAUGAAGAGGAUAGUAAUGUCGAAUCGUAUUGCUGCGGAGCUGAGGCAGUACAGUAGGCACGAGAGGGCGGGUGCCAAGCGCAAUCGCCUUACGAGCGAGCGCUGGAGGCGGCGAUUUGCCCAUGAGGUGCGGAUGAAAGUGAAGGUUGUAAACGAAAUUCGUGCUCGGGGCGCGUGA